AUGAAAUCGAAGAAUCAGAAAGAUCCGAAGGAUCCGAAGAAUCUGAAGAACCCGAAGAAACCUAGGAACCCGAAGAAGCCGAAAAACCCAAAGAAUCCGGGGGAUUCUCAUUACUUUCUCUUCUCUCCAAUUCUGAAUCAGAAAGAUCCGAAUAAUUCAAAGAACCCAAAGAAUCCGAAGAAACCGAGGAAUUCUCAUUACAUUCCCUUCUCCUUUCCAACUCUUGUUGGAGAAUCCGAAGAAAAAGAAAAAUCCGAAGAAACCGAAGCACCCGAAGGAUUCGAAGAAUCCAAAAAAUUCGAAGAAUUUGAGGAAUCCGAAGAACCCGAGGAAACCGAGGAAUCCGAGGAAUUAUCAUUACUUUCUAUUCUCUCCUUCAACUCUGAAUCCGAAAGAUCCGAAGAUUCCAAAGAUUCCGAAAAAUUUGAUGAAUCCGAAAAAUCCGAAAAAUUCGAAGAAUCUGAAGAACCCGAAGAAACCGAGGAACCCGAAGAAAAUCUGAAGAAUCCGAGGAACCCAAAGAAUCCGAAGAAACCGAGGAAUUCUCAUUACAUUCCCUUCUCCUUUCCAACUCUUGUUGGAGAAUCCGAAGAAAAAGAAAAAUCCGAAGAAACCGAAGCACCCGAAGGAUUCGAAGAAUCCAAAAAAUUCGAAGAAUUUGAGGAAUCCGAAGAACCCGAGGAAACCGAGGAAUCCGAGGAAUUAUCAUUACUUUCUAUUCUCUCCUUCAACUCUGAAUCCGAAAGAUCCGAAGAUUCCAAAGAUUCCGAAAAAUUUGAUGAAUCCGAAAAAUCCGAAAAAUUCGAAGAAUCUGAAGAACCCGAAGAAACCGAGGAACCCGAAGAAAAUCUGAAGAAUCCGAGGAACCCAAAGAAUCCGAAGAAACCGAGGAAUUCUCAUUACAUUCCCUUCUCCUUUCCAACUCUUGUUGGAGAAUCCGAAGAAAAAGAAAAAUCCGAAGAAACCGAAGCAUCCGAAGGAUUCGAAGAAUCCAAAAAAUUCGAAGAAUUUGAGGAAUCCGAAGAACCCGAGGAAACCGAGGAAUCCGAGGAAUUAUCAUUACUUUCUAUUCUCUCCUUCAACUCUGAAUCCGAAAGAUCCGAAGAUUCCAAAGAUUCCGAAAAAUUUGAUGAAUCCGAAAAAUCCGAAAAAUUCGAAGAAUCUGAAGAACCCGAAGAAACCGAGGAACCCGAAGAAGCCGGGGAACCCAAAGAAUCCGGGGGAUUCUCAUUACUUUCUCUUCUCUCCAAUUCUGAAUCCGAAAGAUCCGAAUAA